AUUUGUACGGCCAAAUCCCGACCUGGUUAGAUGGUGGUUGGAUGCGUGCUUGUGGUCUCAUAUCAGUCUGAAAAGCAGAAAUGGCUGCAGCUCUGUCUCGAGCCCUCAAACUGCCCGGGAAGAAAGGUUCAGAGUUAGGGGAGUACGACCCUCUCACUCAAGCAGACAGUGAGGAUGAGAGCGAAGAGGAUGACCUCGUGCUCAACUAUCCUCGAAAUGGCCUUGGCAGGGACAGCUGCCUUGGCUCGGGCUCCUCAGUGCUGCGGGGUGGCAGAUCUGGACGACUUGUGGGGGCUGAAGAUGAUGCACAAGAGGAGGAUGAUGAAGAAGAAGAGGAUGAUUGGAGAGAGCAACUCCCCAGCAAAUCCAAGCGGGACAGAGAUGGUAUGAAGUACUGGAGCCAAAGGGAUCAAGCAGAGGAGGACCGAGGAUGUCCGGGACCAAUGGGGGCUGCUGGGUUGGGGAUCAGUAGUUCUGAUGCAGAAGAAAAGAUGAGGAUGACGCAUGCUAUACGAACUGCAUUUUUCCUGGUGCCUUUGGUCUGUGCCACAUUGCUUGUGUUGUUGUGUGCAUUCCUGAUUCCUUGUCAGAAGGGAGAACUGGAAAUCAGACCGGAGUGGGAGAGAGCAUUGGGAAUUGCUGGAGGUGUCACUCCAUCAGCACUGGCAUUGUGGGACUUUGAUGGUGAUUCAGUAGAAGAUGUCUUACUUGGUGUUACAGAACAGACCAAUGACACCCAACCUGCACAGGGGAAAGUACAAAAGUACAAAAUUUACAGUGCGGUGGCGCUGUCUGCGGUGAGCGGUCAGGUACUGUGGAGGAGCAUCAUGAGGGAAUCUGUGAAGUACAUCCAGUGUGGUCUGCAGUACAGCGCCCAGCUGUCCCCCGUUUGCCUCCUCAUUGGGAAAUCUGUCGUCAUGGCCAUCAAUGGCACCACAGGGAAGAAGCUAUGGUCAGUCCUGCUGAAGAACAUCGAUUCCCAGGCAGUGUCACUUCCAGACCUCCAGGGUGACUCAGUCCCAGACCUUCUGAUAGCGACGCUGCCUGCAGAUGUGGGUCCGGAUCUUUCACUGAAUUUGAUUUCUGGGCUGACCGGAGCGAAACUGGGUCAUCCUAUGCCUUUCAACCUCACAGGACAGGGAAAAGUGAUCGGCCCUCUGCUGCACAAGACACAACAUGGGGCAUACUACAUCCUGUUUGGACGAGGUAAUGUUGAGGCCAUCUCUCUGCACGACAUUUAUGUCCGUGCUACUGGAAAAAUGCCUCAGGCUGUCAGUCAAAAGGAUCCAGUGUGGGAAGGACUCAAGAAAACAAGUAACUCAUCAUUCAUCGACAUUUACAGAGGCACUGAGCGUGUGGAGUUCCUUGCUCCCUCUUUGUGUCUGGCUUUGGUAACAUCCACAACAGUUUGGAUGCAGUUUCAAAACCUGAACACUACCAGGAGUGACUGGGUGUUGGUGUAUGGAUCCAGCACGGUGUCCAGUGCUCAGAGAGAAGGACGCACACAAAAGUGGACAUUCAGCUCACCUCCCAUUCACAGUCAACCAGUCCCAGGACAUUACAAUGAUGAUGGGGUUCUUGAUCUUUUUGUCCAGCAUUCAGCAAAUGGCUCGAUGACGGCACAAGUUAUUGAUGGGGCGACUGGUCGUCCUCUCUGGACAGCAGAAUUUGUCUGCCCUGGUCUGGAUAUCGACGCUUCAGCAGUCUCCACCACAAAUGGUUUCUCAGCGUUCUUGUUCUGGGCGAGUGAACCAAUUAUAGCACAGAAAAAUGGCGCCAAGACAACAGUUGCACCAGGUGUUGUUGCAGCAGAGCCGCUCAUCAGAAAAUUAUUCCUACUGCAUCCAACAUAUCCCGCAAUCCUCCUGCAGCUCGCGAGCACGACCGACACGGCCGUCACAUCUGCAGUGAGUUACCAGGAGCACCAGAAAGACGCUUCCUACAUCACCGUAUCCUCUCCCCCCACACCACAUUCGGACCCUGGGGCUCGAUUAAUCAAGAACAUGAGCCUGAGAGCUGCAAUCGCCAAAGCUCAAGUCGUCAGGCUGCAGGAAAGCAAGAAAACUGGAGGACCCAUCAAAUCCAGUGUGUUUGAGGUCAACAAAUUCUUCAGACAUCUCUCCUUUAAACGUCAGUGAUGAAGCGAUGACUGCAGCUGCUGUCUGUCACUGGAUGAAGAGGAGGAACGUUUGCACCAACACAAAACUGACAAUUCAUUUGAAGCUGUUUACAUGAUUGUUUUACCAAGUAUAACUUUAAUUUAUUUUUCAUGACAUGACAAAUCCUCAUUGUGAAGGAUUAUUUAUGAGUCAUAGUUUUAUCUUUUAUUUAUUUUUCAGUUCUUCUAUGUCAUUUUGACACAGUGAGACUGUUUGUUGAAAUUAUUUAACUUGCAUUCAAGGUGGUAUUUCAAAUCAUUAGAGUGUUUCUAAUUGUUUGGCACUGAUGGCAACAGAAUAAUUUUUAUUUUUGAAAGUGAAGCACAAUAAUGCAGGUGAAAGAACAAAAGUGUGGUAAAUCUACUGAGGUCA